AUGAAGGCCUCCGCCACUGCUCUCGCCGCUCUCGCGGCGGUGCUGCUGGCGCUUGCAGGAGGAGCCACCGCCUUGAAUCUCAGCCUGAGGGCCUGCAGCACCGGCCCUGCCUCGCCGUGUGCCACAUGCUCGGCGCGUAAACCAGACACGUGCGUCAAGUGCAAGGACGGCUACUACCUGCCCCAGAGGAGCACACUCGGCAAAUGCAAGGAGUGCCCCGAGUGGUGCACGCUUUGCAACAGUGCGGGAUUCUGCCUCGGCUGCGCCGCCGGCCACCGCCUCCGCGGCGACGGCACCUGCGCGCCGGGCCGUGCCACCGGUUGCAUGCCCAAUGUGGGAGGCUGCGUGUCGUGCUGGGAGGACAAGUGA